AUGAGGAUCGCUCGACAUUCGGGCCCUUCCUCUAGCGCCAAUCUGAUGCGGUCUGCACCUGUUUAUGCCGUGACCUCGGGGCGGUACGACUCGGUUCAGGGGUCCGGAUGUCGAGGAUCACAGGUAGAGCUUCUUGACAUCUUUGGGGAAGCGCUCGCAGCAACCCGAUCGGGGCGUGGUCUUCGGAGAUGGGUCAUGCCUCUGGCUGGAUUUGACAUCGCCAUUAGGCUCGCGUGGCGGACCAUCCUGUCGCAGGGUAUGGGCGGCCUCGGUCGUCGCCUUCUGCGUUUGGGUGAACGUGCAGGUGCCAAUCCGGAUGAGGUGUCUCGUGUGUACUACGCUGACGGCCGCAUUCAUAUAAGAAAGAAUCGGAUUGGCUUGUGCUUCGACGAGGGUUGCCGCCUACAGGCAACCGACAUGGACCACCUCCACCGCUUGCAUCCGCCUCUCGCCAGCUUCGCUGCCUCAUGGUCUUUGCCUUGGCAACCUCAGGUAUCUUCCCUCUUCUUCUCCUCCUCCUCCGACCUCUCGAAACUAGAGCUUGUAGCCAUGAUAGGUUGGAAUGCAUGGCAGGAAGCGGACGGAGUCGCGACGGCGGAGGAGCUGAAGCAAGCGCUCCUCCGGACGACCCUGGAGCUCGAGUCCACUCGCGCCACGGCCAAGGAGGAGCUCCGGAGGAUGGAGUCCCGGGGCCUCCACCUCUCCCGCCUGCUCGAGGCCGCCACCCGAGAGCGCGACGAGGCCCGCCACGCCCUCCUCCUCCUCCUCCUUCACCACACCGACCGCGGUCAACCACUCCAGGAACCCAAGCCCAUCCUCGGCCCCAACUUGGCUUUGGACGAGGGGACUGACGUCGCGGAGGCGGCGACAGCGGCGGCGGCUGCUACUGCUGCCGCGGAGGACGUGGUUGAGAGAAGCAACCGGGCGUCUUCGGCGGUGGCGGAGGUGGAGUUGGCGGCAGUGAGGAGGGCGCUGCCUUGGACAAUUUGGCCGAUUGAGUCCAAAUCAGCAAAUGAAAGAAAUAAAAAAAAGGAGAGAGAAGGUGAGGAAAAUAGAUCAGAAUGCGCGUGUAGCAUGCGGCGGUGGCCAAACAUUGUCAGUUUCGGUCCAAAUUUUAUGUGGAGAAUCCUUGCAACAAACUCUACGAUCCUAACGGUGUUGAUCUACAGUUUACCCUUUUUAAGGUACUUUACUGCGAUAUCCACUUUAUUUGAUCUCACCCUAUUGACGGGGCCGUUGCCACAGUGGCGCCACCCGCCGCCGGACCUGCGCAGCUCCGAGAUCCCGCCUGUGGCCAUCAGUCUGAACUCGAUACCGAAGAGGGAGAAGGACGGGGCCGGGUCUCCGUCGCCGUCCUCCUUUUGGAAUUCCUCAUCGUCCUCUUCCCCAGAAAGUGGCAGUCAUCGUAGUGUCGGCGGGGAGGUCCAAAACGUCACGUUCUCUUAGAAAAAAUGUGACGUCUCUCUCUCUCUCUCUCUCUCCAGGUGAGUGUCACGUUCUUCUCUUUCCCAAUCUGCAUGUACGUAGCAAAUGGGAAAAGAGACAUAGAAAACACUGCCAAAGUUUGUUUUCUGUGAACAAAUAAAACAAAAACAAUAGGAAUCCUCUCAAUUCUCAAUGCAGCAGUUUUGGUUUGCCUCGUGCUUUUGUUUUCGUUUCAUGUUUUUCGCCUUUUGUUUCUUGUUUUCCUGCAGAUCAAAUGUGAUGAAAGCAAUUAACUGGGCACAUUCUACCGUAAGAAGGAUUCUGCAAGACACAUAUCUUUCCGAGUCACCCUUUCAUCCCCUUAAAUCUUUCCAGGAUUUAUUAUUGUAGCGGUAGCACUUGCCGAAAUAUAUUGUUCUCGAGAUAAAUCCAGCUCACCGGUUAACAGCUGUUGUUAGAGUUGUAAAUAUUUGUGUAUGAUAUAAAGAAAGAUGAACUUAGAA